CUCCUAUUUUUGGUCGUCUACUCUACACUCCGAGUCCGUACUAGCUCCCCCGACUCAAAGAAAGGGUGAAAACCAGCCUAAUCGAUACUACACAUGCCAGGUCAUUUUCAGAAGAAGUUUGUCAUAUAAAGCUUGUUGCCUUCGAUGCUAACUUCCUAAGUUUCAUCGAUCGAAACAUCUGCCAACCCUCAAGCUACUCAUAUACUUCAGCUCAUAGCGCAUCUUACUACUAUGCUGAGCGGCACUCGCAAGAUCUUUAAUGUCAUGUAUCCCAACCAGGUCAUUGACUUGCAACAAGGCGGCAGCACUGAUGGCACUCCUAUUACCGGCUAUGCCUACGAUGCCAAUGGCACAAACCAGCACCAGCGUUGGUUCGUGCAAGUCCUCGAGAUGGAUGCAGAAGGCAAUAACAUCACUGUCAAAUUGACCAACAACGGAAACGGAAUAUAUAUGAGGGCUGAGCAAGAGACUCUUGGCCGAGAGCUCUUCGGCAGCCACAUCGCCACGAAGUGGACGUUGGUCAAACAGAAUGACAUGGGGCAAUACAUGAUCCAAGCCCAGGAAGGGGAAUUGGUUUGCGUGCUUGAGAACGGCGAGAAUUCAACCCCGAUCACGCUCGCUGUCCCAGAUGACGGUGACAACAGCCAGCUUUGGACGUUGUCGGACACCUAAUCCCGUAUCUUUUGCUCUGUUUUCAGCAUCCUCCUGUGUGCCAUGACUACUUCCCCACUCAUUCUGUUGUUGAUUCCUUGGUUCCUCCCGUCCUCGUUGUUCCAGAUCAAGAACUUCCCGAUGAUCGAAGCUUUAUUGUGUCGAUUUGCGUUUUAGGUAUUUUUGUGCCGCGUGUUUGUAAAUUGCCAGCUUUUUCGUCCUUGUCUGUCACGCCGCCCUUUCUGUUGGC